CGGACGAAGAUGGUGAAGGCUAUGAGACGUGGUCCAACCAUGCGGUUCUUCACUCUAAUCGGCAUCUUUGCAGCGUUUACAAGCCAGAUCUGUGCUCAAAUACAGUGGACAGAAGAAAAGCUGUACCAUAAGGCGAGCACUCUGAGUUCUGAUGAUUUGAUAAGUGUUCUUGCUCAAACAGACAUUGACCGCAUGUGGAAGACUGACCUGAAGCCCAUGCUGGUGGUGCGAUAUCCUGGCUCUCCUGGAAGCCAAGCAGUGCAGCAGCAAAUAAAAUCUACCCUUAGCUCACUGAAGGCAGGCUGGGAGGUGGCUGAGGAUUACUUCCAAAGCGGGACACCUUAUGGCCCGAUGCCUUUCACUAACAUAAUUGCCACUCUCAACCCUGAUGCUAAGCGGCGCCUAGUGCUGGCUUGCCACUACGACUCGAAGUAUUUCCCUCCCCAGUGGCACGGACUGGAGUUCCUGGGAGCCACUGACUCAGCAGUGUCCUGCUCCAUGCUGUUAGAAAUGGCCAGGGCACUGGAUAAGGAGUUAAAGACACUUAAGGACUCAGGGACAGACCUGACUCUCCAGCUGAUCUUCUUUGAUGGAGAGGAGGCUCUGUAUUAUUGGAACCCUGCUGACUCUCUGUACGGUUCCCGACAUCUGGCAGCCAAAAUGGAGAACACGGAACACCCUUUGGGAGCCACAGACACCAACCAGCUAGAUGGCAUUGAUCUUUUUGUUCUGUUGGACUUGAUCGGUGGUCCCAUGCCUCGAUUCGGUAAUCAGUUCUCCAACAGUGCCAGGUGGCUCUCCAAGCUCCAAAAUAUUGAGCGGCGCUUGCACACACUGGGCCUACUGAAGGAUCAUCCUAAUGAAGUGCAGUACUUCUGGCCUGGCAUGUAUGUAGGUCUUGUGCAGGAUGACCACAUGCCUUUCCUUAGCAGAGGGGUCCGGGUCCUUCAUCUUAUCCCCAGCCCAUUUCCCUCUGUGUGGCACACCUUUGAUGACAAUGAGGAGAACUUGGACCGAGCCACGAUCCAGAACCUCAACAAGAUUUUGCAGGUCUUUGUGCUUGAAUACCUCAACAUGAAAAGCCAAAAUCCACUUACCGAGACAUCCUAAUGUUCCUUUAUCUUCCGUCUACUCAAUAACAACCUCAAUAAAGCCAUUAUGAAGUCUUGUUGCCACAAAGCACCACAUAAAUUAGUGUUCUAGACACCAUGGUGUUAGAAUUAGGCUUUUCUAGGCUCAAUUAUGUACAGGGUUAGUCAAAAUUAUGUUAACACUUAAAUGGUAGAAACCAUUUAUUCACAAAACAUACAUCAUAUGUCAUCUCAUCUCAUCUGAUUAUCUCUAGCCACUUUAUCCUUCUACAGGGUCGCAGGCAAGCUGGAGCCUAUCCCAGCUGACUACAGGCGAAAGGCGGGGUACACCCUGGACAAGUCGCCAGGUCAUCACAGGGCUGACACAUAGACACAGACAACCAUUCACACUCACAUUCACACCGACGGUCAAUUUAGAGUCACCAGUUAACCUAACCUGCAUGUCUUUGGACUGUGGGGGAAACCGGAGCACACGGAGGAAACCCACGUGGACACGGGGAGAACAUGCAAACUCCACACAGAAAGGCCCUCGCUGGCCCCGGGGCUCGAACCCAGGACCUUCUUGCUGUGAGGCGACAGCGCUAACCACUACACCACCGUGCCGCCCCUACAUCAUAUGUGCAAGAUGAUUUACAGGACGGUCUCAGCCUGUUCACCAUCGUGUUCAACACACAAAAACCAGUGAGCAACAGUACCAUUUAAAGCCCGGACACACAUUUCGCAGGGAAUAGAUGAUACCACAGUCCUUAUUCUGUUCUUGAGGUCAUUGAUAUCAUGAACUUUCCUGCUAUAUGCUCGCUCCUUCACCAUACCCCAUAACCAGAAAUCACAGGGCGUCAAAUCAGGGGAGUGUGGAGGCCAUAGCAAUGGUCAACCGCGACCUAUCCAUCGAUCUGGAAAUGUGUGGCCGAGAUAUGGCCCAUGGCGCCGUCUGUCUGCAGGAGAAAAAUAAUCCAUUAGUGUUAACAUACUUUUGACUAACCCUGUAUUUUUAUGUCUGGAUUUAUAACUGUAUAUUGUACCACAGGACCAAAUAUGAUUACUGAGAGUAUUGUAGUACCAGUAUAAUCAGUAUAUUUGGAAGCUUUGACAUUCUGACUGGUGUACUGUUUGAUUAUUAUUUUUUCAAUCAGUUAUAAAUAUUACUGUUGUAAGACCUUGGAAAGAAUAUAUGUUUAAGUUGAUCUUUUAAUUCUAUCAUUUACAUUACCUUUAAACAUCUUAGUCAAAUAAAUCAUAUUACAGUCGAAGUGGUGUGGGCCUCAAAACACACACACAGAGUGGGGUCCAAAAGUCUGAGACCAUGAGUGAAAAUACCUCUAUUUUGCAUUCUUUUUUAAUUUAAUACAACAAUUUUCAUUACAAAGUAUAUUAUUGUCAACAAUUUGAGAAAAAAAUAGAGUCUUUGAAAUGCAUGAAUUUCAGAGUCUCCACAUGUUUUGAUUUGUCACCUUUUCACUUUAAUGACAGUGUGUACUCAACUCCACAAGUUUGUAAAAAAAAACCCUUAUGAUCCAUUUUAGAUCAAAUCCACCAGUGUCAUCUGAACACAUGCUUUAGUAGAAGAGAUUAAGCACGAGGAAAAUCUGACCUUCUGUAAAAACCAGUUUUGAUAAUCACAAAUGCAUUAAAAAGGCAAGAAAUUGCACUAAUUAA